AUGGAAGAAGAGCUGAGAAAUUUCAUUAAGGUUUGGAUCUCUGCCUUAAUCUCCAUAUCCUACUGUUACUACAUCUCUUCAAAAAUCUCCAAAGGUUUUCUUCGUCUCCUCUCUCUUCUUCCCAUUUUCAUCAUCUUUCUUCUUAUUCCCCUCUUCGUCUCUUCUGUCCACUUCUGCGUCAUCUCAACUUUUUUCCUCUCAUGGCUCGCAAACUUCAAGCUCCUUCUCUUCGCUUUUGAUCAAGGACCUUUAACCCCACUUCCUUCAAAUCUCUCCCGUUUCUUCUGCUUCGCUUCUUUCCCCAUCAAAACCAAUCAAAACCCUUCUUCAAAUCGAGUCUCCCACAAACCUAUGCCUAAAUGGGUUCUUGCUUGCAAAAUUAUGGUUUUUUCCUUCUUACUACGUCUCUACGGUAACAAUUAUCAUAACAGCUUACCUCGGUCCGCUUACUUGUUUAUCUUCACCAUCCAUAUCUACCUUGAGUCAGAAUUUAUCUUAGCCUCUGUCGGUGCCUUGCUCUCUACGCUUCUUAGUUGUGAAAUCGAACCGGUCUUCAAUGAUCCUUACCUAGCUACUUCUUUACAAGACUUCUGGAGUCGUAGAUGGAACCUCAUGGUCCCAUCCAUUCUGCGUCAAACCGUUCACAUCCCGGUUCAGCGAUUUACUGCCCCGUUCAUCGGUAAGCAGGCCUUUUAUGCUGGAGUGCUGGCCACGUUUACUGUCUCCGGUUUAAUGCAUGAGCUGAUUUACUAUUAUAUCAUCCGUAAAUCUCCAACUUGGGAAGUCACUUGCUUCUUUAUGCUGCAUGGAGUUGUGCUUUGUGCGGAGAUGGUGGCGAAGAGGAUGCGGUUGUGUUCACCGCCGCAUCGAGCGGUCUCAAGUCUUGUGGUUUUGGCGUUUGUGAUCGUUACGGCCGGUUGGUUGUUUACCCCUCAGGUGAUGAGAAACAAUGUGGAUAAGAGAGUGAUAAGUGAAUGUUUGUUUGUUGUCGACGUUGUCAAAUCGCAAGUUGUACGCAUUUUAAUGUAA